GAACGCAUCCAGUGACUCGCAGAUAUAAGCCUUCUCGCAGUCAUGUUUAUUUCAAUUAUUCUUCUCAGUUAUUUUAACACGCACUAACACUCCGACGCUAUAAUCGUUCUACUAUGCUCGAGAAUUUCACAAAGACGAUCGACAACUUAUUAAUGGGUUCAGACGAGGAGGACGAAUUACUUGAUAGACAAACAGUUCAGAUUGAAUCUAGUAUUCAUCACGUUCGUCCUGACAUCAAAAGUCACUGGGCAUCUGCCAUAGCAGACACAAUUCAAGUUCCAGGAUGUAGUUGUAUCUGGUGUAGGAGGAAUAGCGACUCAGAUGGAGAGGUGGAAAGAGGACAGCCGAGUCGACCCUCGCAUCCUCGCAUCCGCCCUCAUAAGACACCAAUGGCCACCACAAGUGAGGUAAUGGAGGUGUUAUAUCCUCCAUCAUAUCUCAACACCCCUUCGGCUCUCGAUCCUGAGGCUAGUCCUCCCGCUUAUGAGCUGCGACCCACAGUACCUCCAAAUACCCCACAAGUCCAGCCGCCCCUUGCCCUUUCCCUCUCGGGAAAGGGCCUUAUCCCUUCCGCCCCCUAUCCGCACUGCACUUGUGAAGGUUUCCCCAUUUUUACCGCGAAGCAGAUGCCAUCAUAUGACUUGUUCGAUAUUGAUACUCUUCUUGAUGUCGCUGUUCCAAGCGCACAAUCUCCUACCUCACGGUCUUCGCGGAGGACGAGGCGAUCGCAGCCGAUCAUUGGUCUUGGACUAGAGUCUCCUGAUGCAGCUGAGCCUCCGGCAUACAGUUCCUCACACCCCCAGUUCCCAGCAGCCUCUGACAGUCUGGGACCAUACCCGCAUAUCUCCCUUCUUUCCCCGAAUCUGUGAUCUAGGUUUUUUGCAUUGUGCUGUCUCAAAGAGUGGUAGAAUUUUGAUGUAUUUUAUCUAUGUAUCCGUAGAUCUUGCAAUAUCAAACUCUGCAGUGCUCAAGCAGUGCUACAUAUUCAGGGGC